CUUCAUUGAAUGAUGUCCCUCUACAUUAUCUAAAACCAAACAGUUUAGUGAAAUUUCGCUGUAUGGUUCAAGAUAUGUUUGAUCCUGAAUUUUAUAUGAAUGUUUAUGAAACAAUUGACAUACAUACUAAAUCAUGUGUGCAUCGUUAUCAUGCUCCAAACCCUGGCAUUUCUUGUGCUGGGCAUAUGCAGUGAUUUACUCAAGGACUGAGACCUACAGAUAUUCCUACUAAGACUGAGACGACCCUACUUAGAUGGACGACUUCCAGGUCUUUAAAGAAACAGGCAUGUCUGCGGCAUAAAAGUACUAUCUUGGACUUGCUCUCAGCUGAACUGCUUUGCAUAUUAAUUAGCAUGGCAGAAGGUUCAGCAGUGCCUCUUGGGAAGCCAGGCCACCACAUCAAUUAUUGGUAUAACUGAAGGGGUGUGCCCUUUUUAAAUAUGAAAUUUACAUAAUCAUAUUUUGAUUAUUAGCCUCCCAAUAGUUCCUGAACAUCUGUGUCAAGCAGAGCCACAAGCCAUCAUGAUUUAGCUCUUCUUCUGUAGGAGUAUUUUGUAGCUGCUUUCAGAAGGCAUUUUCCCCAUAUUAAAUUAAAUUAUUUGACAGAUUUAUUUUGAUCUUUACUUUGAAAUAUGUAGUGCAAUGCUGAUACUUAAAGCAUAAGCACAAUUGAAGAUGCUUCUGUUAUGCAUAGAAAUGAAUGUGAACUGAUGUAGGAUACAACAGUGAUCUCACAUUGUCUUCUUUUUAAUAGGUUUUGCAUUUUGGAAAAUACAGAGAUGUAGCAGAAUGUGGGCCUCAUCAAGAAAUAGACUUAAACCCUAAACAAAUAGUAACAGGAGACAGACAGACUUUUUACUGUGUUCCAGUGCCUGGAGAGUCGGCAUGGGUGAAAGAAGCCUAUACCAGUGUAAGCCAAGCUCGAGUUUGCCCUUCAACAUCCUACACACCAAGUCGCCACAAGAGGAGUUAUGAGGAAGAUGAAGAUAUGGAGUUGCAUCCAUCUAAACAGAGAGAGCAACAUCAGGGAAGUGUGCCUGAUAUCCAUGGGAGUGGAGAGCCAAAGCGAUUAGAAACAGAAGCAUCUGCAAGACAUCAGACGAUCUCCUUAAACUGCUCACCUCCGCUAGAUCUAAACUUUCCACUUCCAGGAGAGAAAGGCCCUGCAUGCCUUGUGAAGAUAUAUGAAAACGGAGAUAGUUUCAAAGUGAAUGAUGUUCUUGAGGUGUACGGGAUUUUAUCUGUCGAUCCAGUCCUGAACAUGGUGAACAACGAAGAUAGGGAGAAUUCAUCCUCUCCAGUGGAGUCUAUGGAAUGUAUGGACACAAUGGAAGAACAGAGGGUUCAUAGUCCCCCAGCCUCAUUAGUUCCCAGAAUCCAUGUGAUUUUAGCACAGAAACUUCAACACAUAAAUCCAUUAUUGCCUGCCUGCCUUAAUGAAGAGGAAAGCAAGAGCUUUGUUUCUAGUUUUAUGUCUGAACUGUCACCAGUCAGAGCAGAGCUUCUUGGCUUCCUCACUCAUGCCUUCUUGGGAGACAGCCUGGCUGCUGAGUACCUUAUAUUGCAUCUCAUUUCCACAGUCUAUGCAAGAAGAGAUGUUCUUCCUCUGGGAAAAUUCACAGUCAACUUAAGCGGCUGUCCAAGAAAUAAUGUCUACACGGAGCACAUAUACCAUAUUAUUCAGCAGCUAGUACCUGCAUCCUAUCGCCUGCCCAUGACCAUAGAGAACAUGAACUGCUUAAAGUUUAACCCUCACAAGGACUACACAGCUAACCGCUUAGUCAGUGGAGUACUACAGCUGGCAAGCAAUACCUCCCUUGUGAUAGAUGAGACUCUGCUUGAGCAAGGACAGCUUGACACUAGAGGUGUUCACAAUGUGACAGCACUAGGUCACCUGAUAACUUGGCAGAAGGUGGAUUAUGACUUCAGUUACCACCAGAUGGAAUUCCCAUGCAACAUUAAUGUCCUUAUCACUUCAGAGGGCAGGUCGCUCCUACCGUCCGACUGCCAAGUCCACCUGCAGCCACAGCUCAUUCCCCCCAACAUGGAAGAGUACAUGAGCAGCCUUCUCACAGCAGUGCUGCCAUCUGUCCUCAACAAGUUCCGCAUUUAUCUAAGCUUGCUGAGACUGCUGGAUUACAGUAUAUCUGAUGAAGUGACCAAGGCAGUAGAAGAUGAUUUUGUGGAAAUGCGUAAAAAUGACCCUGAGAGUAUCACAGCUGAUGAUCUUCAUAGAACUCUGCUUGUGGCAAGGUUCCUUUCUCUGAGCGCUGGGCAGACAACGUUGUCAAGAGAGAGAUGGCUCAGAGCAAAGCAGUUGGAGGCACAACGUAAAGUGAGACUACAGCAGCAGAAGUGUGUAAAUGGAAAUGAACUCUAAAGCUACAGCUCCCAUUUUGCUUUGAUGACUGCAACUUUUGCCUGAUCUGUGGAGCUAGUACAAAGGGUGCUAGCUUAUGUUUAUAUUGGGUUUUGUAGAUAAUUUAUACCAGAAUGUUAUGGCUGUUUUCUCAAACUUGGACACAAUUUAUGGUGUUCAACAGAUUUAACACCGAUCAUAAAAUUUUGGAGCUUGUUUUGUAACUGAACUAGAAACAAUGGAACAAUUAUUGUUUGAUAUUAAAAGUUUACUAUAAAAAUGGCGUCUCUCUUUAAUAAAGUGCAGGGAUUGUUGCCUCACACUAACAGUUGAAUGAGUUUAAGCUUACUGCCUUAUUUGGGUGGGAGUUUGGGGCUUGAAUCAUAGCCAAGCACAUCCGAAAAGCCUAUGGAUUUUUCCAAGUUCUUUGAGCGCUUCAUUUGGCCAUUCCUCAGAGGACUUAACUGAGACUUCUCUCAGGUAAGCCAGUGGCCGGUUGUUCCAGGCAAGGCUCUGGUGUAACCCCAGGAUCAUCUCUCCUCCUUCAUAGCACUCCUGAUGAGACAAACCUGAGUUAACACAAGGCAGCUCCUUGGCACAAUGCUGGUUUUGUGCCUCUGCUUUUCAACAUACCAUCAUACCUGGGUGUAGAAUCCAAGAGGGAGCCCGCAUCCAGAAGGGCUUCUGUUUCCUCAGCAACUAAGUCCUCUCCCAGAGGACCCAUUAGCUCAGGGGUUGGCAACCUAAGGCCCAUGGGCCACAAGCCGCCCUCGAACCGGGACCUCCGCUGGAGUGAACCAGCCCAGGUGAGGUAAACCUUGCCGACCCCUGCAUUAGCUGCUUAUAUUGAGGCAGCUGCCAAUGGUGAACGGCCAUCGCCCUUGCAACAAUUCUUUGCCCGUUCCCCCAAAAGUCAUUGGAAAGUUUCAAGGUUCCUGUGGUGAGAAAGGUGUUCUGCAUUAUUAGCUUGGAAGAAAGCCCACAGAGCUGCAGUUGACUUCAUUUGUGCAGCUUCUACAGCAUCAGUUCUCCACUGCUCCGUCCUUUGGCAGAACACAACACUACUGAGGGUAAUCUGCAUGGGGCUUUGGUGCACCUUGCAUAAUUUACAGCCUUUGUUGCAGAUGUGGCAAGCCGCCAUACAUCUAAGGUCACAAGUCCACUGCCACGAACACAUCCAUCUGAUGUGCAAUCUGGCUACAUCAUUGCAAUGUUGACACCACAUCCAGGUCAAAUAUAUCCACUGUGGCAUUCAGAGGUCAGUACCUGUUCAGGGAGGAGGCCCUUAUUUGUAGAAACGAAGGGGGGUGGAAUAGAAGCCAAUACUAUCAACAUAUAAGCUA